UCCGGUGAGAUAAUAGAGUGACAGAGGGCCUCCACAAGACGAAGCAAGGAAAGAAGGCAAGAAAGAAAGAGAAACAAGACAGAAGAAAGAUGAGGACCACCUUCAGUCUUCUCCUUGUUCUUUCCCUCCAGCAGUGUGGCAGUGCUGAGGUGCCUGAAGUAAACCCACACUCUGCCAGACCAGGCCCAGAUCCACAGCCCAGGAUAUCCCCCUCUGACCGUCUGUCUCAGGAGUGUCUGAAAGAAAAGUACACACGCCUGUCCUGUUCUAAAGUGUUCUGCCCGCCGUGGAUGCGCUGCCUCAACGGGAAGUGCGUCUGUAAGCUGCCCUAUCAGUGUCCACGCCUGGGCAUAUCUGUCUGUGGACUGAAUGGACGGUCCUACAUCUCCUACUGUCAGGCACAAGUAGUCGCCUGCAGGAGCAACACAGCGGUGUUCUCUCACUACGGCUCCUGUGGCCAAGAUGUUUUUAAGGUGGUGCUAAAGAACUCCGGUGAUCGAGAUGUCAUUCAGGUGGAAACUGUAAAAGUAAGAGCUCUGAUCUGUGGAGCUAAGUCGUGGGACAUGGCUGCAGCUAAUGUUCUCUGUCGCAGCCUGAAAGCAGAAGCCAGAGGUGCAGCUUCUGCUCAGAAGAUGACGGUUAAGGAUCUGGAGGUUGGCCAUCAAUGGCCAUCUCAGUGUGUGAGUGUGAGCUGCACAGGAUCUGAGUACUCCCUGGCUGAAUGUACCAUCUAUGAGCCUCAGGAUGUGGAGGAAGACACUCAGAUUGCUGCCUUUACCUGCUACAAGACACCCCAAGAUGAUGACGAGUGUCCGGAGUUCCGCUGUGUGAAUGAGAAGUGUAUUUUGUGGAAACACACCUGCGAUGGAGUCGAUGACUGUGGAGAUAACAGCGAUGAGAUGUGCUGCAGUGAGUGCCAGAGCGGGGCGUUCCACUGUAAGUCUGGAGUGUGUAUUCCGGGCAACGCUGUUCGGGAUAGGAUCAGAGACUGUCUCGGAGGAGAAGAUGAAGUCACCACCGCUGCAGUGGGACCUGCUCAAACUGAGCUUGUCUGGCGGAGCCCAAAGAAUGAUAUCCUGCAGGUUCGGAACUAUACUGAGGGUCAGCUGGAAUGCGGUAUUCCAAACCUGGAUUACGUGCACAGGACGAGAGAGCGCUCCCGCAGUAAACGAAUGGUGGGAGGACAGGAGGCCUUACCGUGGCAGUUCCAGUGGCAGGCAGCUUUGAAGGAAGAGGGCAGGUUCCGCUGUGGGGGGGUCUACCUGGGUGGCUGCUGGGUUCUGACUGCUGCCCACUGCGUCAGGGCGAAACCCGAGUUAUUCCGGGUUAUGUUGUCUCUGUGGCAUAAGACUAAACCUUUGGAUACGACAGAAGCCGUUGCAGUGAAGAACAUCAUCAUCCAUAAAGAUUACAACCCGCGCACCUACCAGAACGACAUCGCGCUGGUGCAGCUGGAGGAGUUAGGGCUGUUUGAAAAGUGUUUACACCCCAACCCUACAGUUCGGCCUGUGUGUGUGCCGUGGUCCACUCUCCAGUUCCAGCAUGGAGACACCUGCACCCUCACCGGCUGGGGCAAAAACAGAGAGGGAGUGGGAUCGGACGUUCUGAAAUGGACCAAUGUGACAAUUACUGGAAACUGCGAGGACCACUACAAGGACAGGUUCCUUGAUGGGAUGGAGUGUGCAGGUGAUUCAGACUCAUGUCAUGGUGAAUCCGGGGGUCCGCUGGUGUGCAAGGAUGCCAGCGGGCUGUCGUACGUGUGGGGCAUCGUGAGCUGGGGGGAGAAGUGUGGGGAGGCUGGUUCCCCCGGCGUUUACACUAAAGUGGCCCACUAUUUUGAAUGGAUCCGCUUCCACAUUGGCAGAUCUGCGGUCACCAAGUACAACCACUGAGGAAGAAUGAGGCGUCUCCAGAGCCCACCACACCUGCCUUACUCUUCAUCCACAGAUCUACACAGUAAACAGGCGGAGGUGACGUGUCGCUUUAGUAGGUUAUGAGGCUGUUUACGUCUGUGGAUGCUUGUUUUGGGAUGGAAUGCUGUUUAUUAACACUGUAUUAACACUGUAUUAAAAAAAACUGAAAAAAUUCUUUCUUUCCAUUAAAAUGUUCACAGACCAACUGAA